CAAUCAUGUAAACAAACAACAGUAUUGUCGUUUGGUGGGACGUGAGUUGCAGAAGAGAUGACCCAGUAGAAAUAAAAUGACGGCGACCACAACUACUCACAACCGUUCAUUUGGAAACUUUUGAAAAAUGGCACGCGGUCGCAAUAUUUUAGUUCUCAACGACGACUGCCUGUAUCAUAUCUAUGAAUUCCUGCCGAUAAUCGAUUGGUGUUCACUACGCGACACAUGCACCCGUUUUCGAACAAUUUCUGAUGAUCAAUUCAAUAGACGAAGCAAAACGUUCAAGCUGAGCCAAAUCUCCGACCGCGACAGAUUGAAACUUUCAGAAGUGAAACGUGUUCUCCGAACUUUUGGUAAAUCCAUGAAAACAUUGUCCAUUAACCAAAACCAUUUUGCCAAACUUAUGGAUUGGAAUGGACUGGCACCGUUUCUCGAACGCUAUUGCGAAUCGUUAGUCGACCUGGAACUUGUCAGCUUUAGGUUGACUGCGAAAACAGUCGUACAAUGUAGGCGACUCUUUUCGAACUUACAACGAUUGGUGAUAGAUAAAUGGGACAACCGGUAUCGGUUCAACGUAGAGACCUUCUCUACUUGUUUGGUUGAAUGUACAUCAUUAACGGAAUUGGUAUUUAUUGGCUUGGAUGACAUCACAGAAGAUAGUUUCGCAUGCAGUCAUAUGAAAUACUUAAAAUCGUUUGAGUUGAGGGGUUGCUACGGACUCAGCGAUAAAGCGUUCAAAAGUUUUCUGACCAAAAAUUGUCAAUUAACGCAGGUCAAGUUGUUUGAUGUACGAUUUCGGAAUCAACACGAUAAUCAGAGCGGUAUCGAAGACGUUGCCAAUACAUUGCCUAAAAUCGAGGCUUUGAGUUUGAACUUCGAAAUGGGUUUUGUGCAAAACGUUAUGCCUGUGACAGGAAUGACUUCACUUAAGAAACUGGAAGUUAAUUUAGAGCAUGUUACUUAUAACAUCAUGUUGGAGUUGCUACGAGGCCUGGCAGAGCACAGUAACAUUGAAGAUCUACAUCUAGCUCAUUUCAAAUGUAGUAAAGAAAUGAUUGGACUAUUGUCUUCGAUAAAACGCUUGAAGAUACUGAAGUUCACCAAUACGAACCAUUUACACGGAAAUGUUUGCAAUUGAUUGGCUACCCGAUUGUCUGGCCUAGAAGAGAUUCAUAUUUCGGAAUGCAAAACCACUUCAUUCAAUGAUACAAUCCAUUUCGUUGUGCACAGUCCGAAUCUGCGGAGAAUCGUGUUCAAUCGUUAUUUCACAUUCGUGCCAUUGAUUGCACCACAACUGAUUCGAUCGUUAGCGGAAAUAAGGCUAAGUCAUAGCCAAGCAACGAAGACAAUUCUAUCGAUUUUCGUGAACGACAAGGACUUCCGUUCCAUCCAAUGUGAACUCAAAUCGACUGGAAUGGAGGAUACCUUGGCUAAGUAUGCAUAUCUUUUAAGGGUGAAACAGCUGGAUACAGAGCAUCGAAGGACCAUAUCCGAAUACAUUUCUCGACCGACUAAAUGGAAACACCUUUAUUCCAUUCGAAAUGAAUAUGAAUAGUACUUUUAGUAGAGAUUUAAGUCUAACUUAAGAGCUAAAGUAAGGAGAAAGUUCACCAUUUUACAAUGAAUAUUUUGUGAAGUUUCUUCGUUUGUUCAAUUUCCAAUUUAUUCAAUCCCAUUUUCAGAACAUUUCUUAACUUUUAAAAUUCGAACAACAAUUUUGUAUUAGAAAUACAGAUACUUGA